UUGGGCCAGACUCCAAUGAAUUACAGAGACCUACCGACCGAGGGAGCGGAGAAAAGUCCGGCGCAGACACACGGCUCUAAUCUCCAGAAACAGAGCGUUAAACCAACGCAAGUGUGAAAAGAGAAGUUCUGAUUUUGGUGUAGCUCGCUUCUUCUCGGCUUCACCUUUUAAGAUCGUACAAACCAACGUGGGAUAGUGAUUGGAGUUGACAAACCUGCUUCACUACUGUACCCCCCCCCUCCUCUCCCGCUCCACACAACCAGGAAAUUGUCGAGGUGUGCUUUCUUUAUACCGCUAGUGGCUACCCCGUUUGCGGGUGUAGAUGCGCCCUUUUCGCCGAUUUUUCUCGUUUUUUUAUUUUACUAAUUUGACUUCUAAAGCCGGGCUUCAGCUCUGAAGUCAUCCAAACUUCCCUACGAGGAGAGGAUCUCCACUCUGGCCGAACAAUGAGUGAGUCGAGUAUUUGCCAGGCUCGGGCCACUGUGAUGAUCUAUGACGAUGGCAAUAAGAAGUGGCUGCCAGCGGGCGCUGGACCCCAGUCCUUCAGCAGAGUCCAGAUCUAUCACAACCCUUCCACCAAUGCCUUUAGGAUAGUGGGACGCAAGAUGCAGACGGACCAGCAGGUGGUUAUAAACUGUCCAAUUGUUAGAGGUCUCAAGUAUAACCAGGCCACACCCAAUUUCCACCAGUGGCGGGAUGCCCGGCAGGUGUGGGGGCUCAACUUUGGCAGCAAGGAGGAUGCUACUCUAUUUGCCAAUGGCAUGGCUCACGCUCUGGAGGUGAUCACCUCCAUGGCAGACGCAGGCUAUGCAACCCUCCCCCGCCCAGUGUCAAAUGGACCUACCCCAGAAGAGCUUGAACAACAACGAAGGUUGGAGCAGCAGAAGCUGGAACAGCAGGAACGGGAGCGACAGGAGAGAGAGAGACAGGAGCUGGAGCGGCAAGAAAGAGAGAGACAGGAGAGAGAAAGACAAACUGCUGCAGUUUCUAUUCCUCCAGCUCCACCGUUGGCCCCUGGAGGCCCCCCUCCUCCACCAGGCCCUCCUCCACCCCCUGGCCCUCCUCCGGGUGUUGGCAUCCCUCACCCGCCGGCACCACCUUCCUCAGGACCCCCGCCGGCCCCGCCCCUGCCCCCUCCAGGAGGAGGAGGAGGAGGAGGUGGCAAUGGUGGUGGAGGAGGAGGAAGUAGCAAUGGUGGUGGUGGAGGAGGAGGUGGUGGGGGAGGUGGCUUGGCUGCUGCCAUAGCAGGAGCUAAACUCCGCAGAGUAUCCAAGCAGGAGGACGGAGCCCCUGCACCUCCAAUAGGCAGAGCUGACUCCAGCCGCAACAGUGGAGGAGGAGGAGCAGCAGGAGGAGGAGGAGGCGGGGGAGGUGGUUUGAUGGGUGAAAUGAGUGCCAUCUUGGCGCGAAGGAGAAAAGCUGCAAACACAGGAGAGAAGCCACCUGUGAAACCACCAGAUAAUGAUGAUUCAGAGCCUCAAGGUCAAAGCGACACCCUGAGAAGACCUUGGGAGAAAUCGUCUAUGACCAGGAAUAACUCCAUCACCAAGAGCAUGGACUCCACCCCCUCAUUGUCCCAAGGUCCCAGGCCAAAGCUUGCAGGCAACAACAGCAAUGACACAGGUGGAAUGGACGACUCAGAUUUAGAGAAAAUGAAACAGGAGAUCCUGGAAGAGGUGCGGAAAGAACUACAAAAAGUCAAGGAGGAAAUUAUUGGAGCCUUUAUUCAGGAGCUGCAAAAGAGAAACACAUAGUUCUGCUGAGUGUCAGGUGUAACGGAGGAAUGUGAUAGAUGGAGGUGGUUGAGGACCAUUGGGACCUCUCCUCCACUGCACCCUUCCAUCUAGCCCAGGGAUUUCUCCUUUUCUCCUACACAUUUUCUCUUUUCUCUCUCUCCUACACAAACACAUGUGAGCAUACUUGCUUAUAUGUAAAUCAUGCAUAUUCACUUCAUGUAAAUGGUAACCCAGGGAAGCUCCUCACGUCGCCAUCCGGCACUUUUGAUGAUCACUCACUAAUAUUGCGGCUGUGAUUCCAUCUAUCCCAUCUCUCCCCUGUUCAUUCAUCCCGUCCCCUUGUGUCCUCGGUGUUCAUUUUCAACUGAACCAAUUCAGAGCACAUAGCUACAGCCACAGUUGCUCUUCCAAUUCAUCAUCAUGUACACUCAUCAUAACCCUCUUUUCUGCAAAAAUCCUGCUACUUGUCUUCUCCCUUCUGCUUUCAGACGCACCAUUUACUGAUAGAGCAGUCGUCAGUAUUCAGGGACAAUGUAUUCAUCACAUUUUUACUGUAAUAGCAAAAUGCUGGGAUGCUUUUUUUUCUCUUUCUCAGUCGGCAAACAAUUGUUCAACCUCAAACACUGCUACAGAUAGUUUUGUUUAGACAUCUGCUAGUAGGUUAUUGUCUCUAAUGGUAGUUGGAGGUGGAAAAACAACAAUAAUCGAGGAUGGAUCAGAGUCCCCAACUCCCUGACUACUGCAGUGUCUCUCCGUCAAGUGGACUUUCAGCUCCCAGCAAUGGCUAAGAACUUAAACAGCACAACACAAGCCAUCACUGCUGCAAGAUAGAGAAGUUAGAAGAAGAAGAAGAGGAGACAAGUAAAGGGAAUCUGAUGGACAACCUGAGUGCUGUGAAAGAGGAGUGUGUUGUAGUUCUAUGAUGUGUGAGAAAUGUAUUCUCUUUGCAUUGCACUUGUUCCAGAGGAAGUGUGUCUGUGUGCCACGCUGCCUUCACAGACUAUUCCCUCUCACUCAAAAUGAGAUAUUUGUUGGCCAGUGCAGUGGUCCUACACUGUGCUUCUGCUAGUAAUUUUCUUCCAUUCUAGCUAUGUUUUCUAACUUUCAAACAUAAAAAAAUGGCCAUGAUGAGGUCAAUUAAUUUGGCCAUGACCAACUGCCUUGAGAAUAAAUAUAUAAAUAUAUAUAUAUAAGGAAAAAUAUAUAUUUGUUUUGAGGGAAAAUGUUAGCAAAAAUGAAAUGGUGUUUCUAUUUUAAUUGAAAUGACUGGUGAAUGGGGAUUUUUCUUUUUUUCAAUGAUUUGUUUUCUUAUGAAAUGUUAUUUUGGGUUUACUGUUUCUUUUUUCUAAUAGAGUCUAGGCUUUUUACACUGAAAUAUUAAGAAAACAGCUUAGAGACACUGGAUUAGAAAUGCCUUUAUAGUCGAAUACAGCUGCUUCUUGAAAUGCA